UCCACAGAAUUUACUGUGACUCGGCAAGGCAAGUGUUGAACACACAAUAAGGAGGUCGCCAUGCGAUUGUUAAUAAUCCUCACAAUUUGCGUAGCAAUAAAUGCUUCGCUUCCGCCUAUUAAAGUUCUCUUAACACAACGAACUUUGGACGAUCGGCGAACUAUCCAGUUUGCAGAGUUUGACACUUCCGUUCCAAAUCUUCAAGAUUUUACCGUGUGUUAUUGGCUUAAAUCAGUCAACACAACAACUCGUCAAUCAACCUUCUCAUACGCCGCACUUGAUGACCCCGUGGCGAUUUCUACAUGGAUCGAACCUACAAUUUUCGGAAUACAAAUCCGCAUGGCCAUUAGUGGAAAGGAAGUUUACUCAGUGCCGUACCAUGUUGCUUACCAUCAUUGGUAUCACUUUUGUCAUUCUUGGGAAGGCGCUUCAGGGCGUUGGCUGCUCUACGCUGAUGGCGAUUUAAUCGGACAAGGGAUCGACAGCAGUCUCCGUCCACUCUUGAUCCGGGGCAACGGUACAGUUGUUUUCGGACAGCAACAAAACAAUUUCGACUUCAGUCCCGAUCGGCCUGGUGGAUUUCAGUCUUCGUCCGGAGUCGAAGGAGAAAUGACCCUAAUGUUUUUUGACAGCAGACCAUUGCGUCAUCAGAUGGAAAGCAUCGGUGCGAGCGGAAACGUUAAAGGUGAAAUUACAGGUACGAAAUUAACCAGCGACAUUUCGGCAAUUUCUUGGGGGGUAAAGGGGAAUACUUUGGGAUGUUUCAAUCAGACUAUUGGAGAUAUCGUGGCAUGGGGUAUUACAGAAAUUAAACUAGUAGGUGGGGCCAAAGUUACGAAUGCUAAACCGUCUUGUGGAGACUUCUAACAAAUAAAAUUGCUAUACACGACUUAUUUUUUACUGUUAACCGUACAAAAUUGAAAUUAAUCUUCCAAUGAAUCCAAUCGCAAAAAU